CGCGUGGGAGACCCGGAAGCUCUGUGUUGUUCCUCCUGAUUGUUGCUCCGCUUCCAUUUCGCUUUGUCCGUCCACAUGGAGAGUUCUUUGUAUAAGCCGCUACCUCAAGAAACGGUGACACAUCUUAACAUUCAGCCUGAAGGCUCGAAGGAGGCUGAGGCCUUUGUGAAAACCUUCCUGAAGCGGAGUUUGCCCGGAAAGAGUGAUGAAGCCAUCGAAGAGCACCUGACCUACAAAGCCGUGGUCCUGGAGCAUUUCCACAAGCGGAGGAAGAGGCAGAAGAAGAAGAGAGGAAAAGGGCUGUCUGCCAAAGAGAGGAGGGAGAUGCGCCUCUUUGAGAUCAAACCGGAGCAACAGAAGUAUGAGAUAUUUGUCCCAUUGCACGAAUUAUGGAAGCAGUACAUCAGAGACCUCUGCAACGGACUCCGGCCUGAUGCGCAGCCACAGAUGAUUCAAACAAAACUGCUAAAAGCUGAUCUCCACGGCGCUCUCGUUACAGUCACGAAAUCCAAGUGUCCCUCCUAUGUCGGCAUCACGGGUUUCAUCGUGCAGGAAAUGAAGCACGUUUUCAAAAUCAUCACAAAAGAAGACAAACUGAAAAGUGAGCAUAGAAAACUCUUAGUUGGAACCUGUUUCUUCACAGUAUUACAUCCAUGA